AUGGCGCCGCCGGGCUCCCGCCCUGGGAGCUCCGCACGCCCCGGGAGCGCUGGCGUGCCGUACCACCACCACCAACACCACCACCACGGCUCCGUGGGCAAGGCUGCUGUUGUGACCGCGGCCACAGCAAAAUCGCCGGGGACCCCGCGCCGGGAACAGGGCCAUCGGCUGGAGAAGGCCGUGGCCGUGCAGGAUCCGGGGUUGAGAGACUAUCGCCUCGGAGACUGUAUCGGGAAGGGGGCCUUCGGGUCCGUCUACAAGGCGUUCAAUUGGGGGACCGGCGAGGCAGUGGCCGUAAAGCAGAUCAAAUUGGUCGAUGUGCCCAAGAGCGAGCUGCGCAUGAUCGAGGGCCUGCAGUAUCUGCACGACCAAGGUGUUAUUCACCGCGAUAUCAAAGGCGCCAACAUUCUGACCACCAAGGAUGGCACCGUCAAGCUGGCCGACUUUGGCGUUUCAACGAGCACCCUCGCCGGGCCAGACAAGGAGGCCCAGGUUGUAGGAACCCCUUACUGGAUGGCCCCGGAGAUCAUUCAGCUCUCUGGUGCCACCUCAGCCUCGGACAUCUGGAGCGUCGGAUGCACCGUCAUCGAGCUACUGCAAGGAAAACCACCAUACCAUAACCUCGCUGCAAUGCCGGCAUUGUUCGCCAUUGUCAACGACGACCACCCCCCGCUUCCGGAGGGGGUGUCUCCGGCUGCUCGUGACUUUCUCAUGCAAUGUUUCCAGAAGGAUCCCAACCUGCGAGUCUCGGCGAGGAAACUACAGCGGCACCCCUGGAUUACUGGCUGCCGAAGAAGUGACGCACCGGUUUCGAAAGCGCCAUCGAAUUUCAGCCAGGCAGUUGAGGAAGUGAAGCAGUGGAACAAAGCACUUAAGUCUUCCGAAAGCAAUCUUAGAACUUCAAUGGGGUCAGACGCCAGUGGCCCGGGGCAUCGGACAAAUCUGACCAGGAUGCCGUUGUCGUUGGCAACAAAGCAGAGGCCGUCGGCAGAUGCCUUUCGGUCUCCCGAGCUUGCUGCCUUUGCGUCUAUCGACGCCCAGCGAGAGGAUUCCGAGAACUGGGAUUCGACCUUUGAGGGUGAGCUCAUGACAAUCAAGGGCUUGGGCCACUGGUCCGAAAUCGACCCUCAGGAGCAGACCAUCCGGCCGCCGCCCAAGAAGAUGGAGAGGACACGGGAGUCUAGAAUGAGGGUCCCAGAAAACCCAGGGCACAGGCGCCAGCGGAGCCGGGGAGUGCCCAACAAUGCUCAGCCUAAAUCCCCUGUGAAGCCACUGGGCACAAAGUUCGAGCUGCCUCCGCGCCCCGACGUCAUCUACCGCGAGCAGUCGACCGAGGACUACUCCGACCUCUUUGCUGACAACGACCACGUUUUCGAUAGAAGACUAAGUCUCACCAACAAGGCGAGCUUAUCCCGGGCCCAAACAAUUACGAAGCACCAUGCUAACGAUACUCAGGACGGACCCCAGCUUUUCCACCCCUCAGACCUCACUACUAGCGUUCCGAAAUCCUCUCAUUCCUUUACCGCCGGUAGCACGCGCCGAUCAAAGGCCGCUCCGAGGCCUGCCCUCCUUUCCCCAGAACAACCUGUCCGUCGCCCCCGUGCCCGUUCCACCGUCGAGAUCACCAAGUUCGCCGAGGACGAGGGCGACGAGGAUUUCUCUGACAUUUUCGGCGUUGCUGGCGAGGCUGUAACCGAACCGGAGGAAAGUGACCGCGGCUCGGAAACAGAUGGCCAAGGCGGCCAGCUCAUUCUCUCACGCCUAUCCAACAACUCGUGGCUCGGGGACGAUGAGGACGAAGAUGAUCCGUUUGCCAUGAUGGAUCCGGGGUGGGAUGAGAUGGAUCUGGAGGCGAAUAUCGCAAGGGAUCGGCAUGCGAGGUUGGCAGAGAGAGUGGAAGGGCUGGUGAGGAGCAUGAAGAUCACCGAGGGGGAGGAGGUGGUUGGGGAGUUGGCGGAGGAUUUGAUUCUGGAGCCUUGUACGCUCAAGAGUCGGCAGCACAUGAUCUUACAGUUGCUCAAGAUUGUUAAUGCGAUUAUCCUUGACGACGUCGAGCUGCAAGAGAACCUGUGCUUCGUCGGCGGCAUUCCGAUUGUCACCAAGUUUGCUGCCCGCCAAUACUCCAACGAGAUUCGCCUCGAGGCCGCCGCCUUCGUCCGGCAAGUGUACCAGACUUCUACCCUAACACUGCAAAUGUUUGUCAGCGCUGGCGGUCUCAAUGUCUUGGUGGAGUUCCUCGACGAAGAUUACGAGAUGUCCCAAGAUCUUGUUUUAAUAGGAGUCAAUGGCAUCUGGAAUGUCUUUGAGCUUCAGGGGCCAACGCCCAAGAACGACUUCUGCAGGAUAUUCUCGCGUAGCAAAAUCUUGGAUCCCCUGGCCGCAAUCUUACACAAGGUCUUGGACGAGGACAGAGACGAGCUGUCGGAACUCGUGGAAGGCCGUAUCGUCAACAUUUUCUACCUGUUCUCUCAAGCUGAACCUUAUGUCAAGGAGGCGGUUGCUGAGCGACAGGUACUGAAGACGGUGCUCAAGGACCUCCGGCGGAUGACGCCCUCUCACCAGAUCACCAUGCUCAAGUUCAUCAAGAACAUCUCCAUGUGUUCGACUGUGCUCGACUCCCUGCAUUCUGCGGACGCGAUUGACUUCUUGAUUGAUGUUCUCAGUCUCUCGAUGAAGAAGGGGCAAACCAACUUCCGAGAGAUUUCCAACCAAGUGCUAAACACCAUGUUUAACCUUUGCCGUCUCAGCAAAGAGCGACAGGAAUAUGCGGCCAGCAACGGCAUCAUCCCGCUUCUGCUCAAAAUCAUGAAGACAGACCGGCCGCCAAAAGAGUUUGUGCUACCCAUCCUCUGCGACAUGGCGCAUUCCGGGAGUAAAGGGAGGCGCUACCUGUGGCAAAACGGCGGGCUGGACUUCUACGUUUCACUCCUAGCGGACCAGUAUUGGCAGGUCACGGCAUUAGACGCCAUCUUUGUGUGGCUACAGGAGGAGACAGCAAAGGUGGAGAGCCACUUACUUGAGGGUAGCUUCACCGCGGCCAUCAUGUCCUGCUUUAACCCUACCAAGGUCAACGCUUUCGACCCCAACUUACUCGAGCCAUUGCUCAAAGUUCUACGCUUGAGCCCGGCCGUAGCAGCAUCCCUUGCCAAGGCCGAAAUGUACGCCGGCACAGCUCAGAAACUGGGCCACAAAAAGGCCGUCGUUCGCCUCAACCUGUUGCGUCUCGUGCGUAACAUCAUGGACGGUGCUUGUGAGGAAUUUGGCCUCGGAAGCUCAUCCCGAAGUCACAUCGACGGCGAACUGCAACACGAUGCAAUGGCCCUCGGCAACAUGGGACUAGGCGCCUCCACCAGCACGGCGUCUAGCACAGGCUCAGGCCCACGCUCACGCUCCGGCCCUCGGCGCAACACAAGCUACACCCCACCAGGGCUGCAUCUCAGCCUGUCCAUGCCUCCCACCCCGUCUCACGGCCACCGCAUGACGCAGUCUUCAUCGGCCGCGUACAUCGAAAUCGCCGCCACCCCGAAACGCUCAGCCAUCGGCCCCACCCACGAACGCGACCCAUCCUUCUACCGCCCCCGGAGCCGCGACAGCAUCCCAAUGCCAGCCACGAGCAUCCCACGGCGCGUCUCCGACACCCCCCCAUCCAUCCCACCAGGAAACAGCACCCCCACCAACCCCAGCUCCACCCCAGCGCCCAAAUCCCGCCUCCCGCGCACCUCCAUCACACAAUACACCUCGGUGCGUCCAACCCUAACAACAGCCGCCACGGCCCCGAUCUCCACCCUCUCCCCAAGCACCGGUCCCAGAUCAGGCGGGGGCCGCCGCGCCGGCAGCGGAGGACGUAGCGAGUCCUUCAGCCACGGCGCUGGCGGCGGCGGUGUCGGCGGUGUCGGCGGCAGCUACAAGGAGAACUACCAGACCUACCUCCAGCAGAGCCAGGCGGGUAGGAUCCGCUCGGGCUCGUCGGUCACGGUCGCGAGCGUCUCCAGCGCUGGCGGCGGCGGUGGCGGUGGUGUGGGGACGCAGUACUCUGGUUCGCCGACGGGGAGUGUCAUCUCUGGCGGUAGUGGUUUGAUGCUGCCUGUGCCGGGGUAUGGCGCCGUGGGAGGUGGUGGUGUGGUGAGAGAGAGGGAGAGGGAGGUUAGUGGUGGGAGUACGGGGUCGGGGACGGGGAGUGGGAGUGGGAGUGGGAGUGGGAGUGGGAGUGGGAGUGGGAAUGGGACGGAUGCUGCGAAGAGGAGGAGCCGCGCGCCGAGUGCGAGGUCGGAUAUGAGCUCGAUUGCGGGGUCGAACGCCGGAUCGGAUGCGCGGUGGUCUUAG